AUGGAUUUAGAAGCUAUUAAGAGGCUGCUGCGAUCACCUAGACCAAGUGAUGAAUACUUGGCUGGGGUAAAAGGUUUUCUUGAUUUUGCAUACGUGGGAAAAAAGGCAGAUACCAAGAUUAAUUGCCCAUGUGUUAAAUGUGUCAAUAGAUUUUUACUGAAACGGGAUGAUGUGUAUGGUCAUUUGGUAUGUGAUGGAAUGCUACUUGGAUACACUGUCUGGGGUUGUCAUGGUGAAACUGCAGCAUACAUCAGCGCCAACAAGCGUAAACGGUCAAAAGGAGAAAGAAAAAACUUAAACUCUAAUAUGCACCAGCUAGUUCAUGAUGCAUUCGGGAAUGCAGAUAAUGAACCUCCAGUGAAUGACCGCGAUGGUCCAAAUCUUCUAGAACCUGGACCAGAUUCUGAAACCCAAGCUUUCUUUGACUUGUUGGGAGGUGAAGAUGUACCUUUGUGGAAAGGGUGUGAACUAUCAAAACUUUCUUUCCUUGUACUUCUGUUCAACAUAAAAUCAACUAACAAGUGGAGUAAUAAAUCUUUAAAUGACUUGCUAGCAGUUCUGCAACAAGCAAUUCCCAAUGGUAAGAAGUUACCUAGAACUUUUCCGGAGGCUAAGAAGAUCAUCAGGAAGCUUGGGCUUAGUUACGAGAGAAUUCAUGUUUGUGAACAAGAUUGUCAGAUUUUUUGGAAAGAGAAGGAAAGUGAUGACUUCUGCUCUAUAUGUGGAAUAUCAAGGUGGAAGAACACACCAGAUAAGACCACACUAACAAAGAAAGAAAGAAGAAAGGCAAGCCCUAAGAAGGUGUUACGGUACUUUCCAAUUAAGCCACGGCUUAAGAGACUUUUUAUGCACAAAGAAACCGCUGCAGCAUUACGGUGGCAUGAUGAGGAACACACAAAGGAUGGUGCAUUGCGACAUCCAGUUGAUUCAGAGGCAUGGAAACACAUUAACUCUAAGCAUCCACACAUUGCAGCAGAUCCUCGAAACAUUAGAUUUGCAAUGGCCACUGAUGGGUUCAAUCCGUUUGGGAUGAUGAGUUCGAAACAUAGUUGUUGGCUUGUUGUCCUUAUACCAUAUAACCUUCCACCUUGGUUAUGUAUGAAGGCAUCUUCAAUUAUGCUUACCCUGCUUAUUCCUGGCCCAUCUUACCCUGGCAAGAACUUUUAUGUAUUUAUGAAGCCAGUUUAUGAGGAACUAGUUGAGCUCUUUCUAGUAGGAACACGGACAUAUGAUGCAUCUCGAGAUGAGAUGUUUGAUCUUUAUGCUGUUUUAUUGUAUACUGUGAGCGACUACCCCGGGCUAGCGAUUGUUGCAGGAUAUAGUAUCAGUAGUGACUUUGGUUGUUUUCCAUGUCGCGAUGAAACAUUGUCUAAACGCCUCCAACAUGGGCAGAAGUACUGUUACAUGGGGCAUCACCGGUUUCUACCUCCAGAUCAUGAGUUCCGUUUUGAUGCCAAAUCAUUUGAUGGGUCUGAAGAACAUAGAGCAGCACCCAUUGCUUAUGCUCAGACUGCAAUUCUUGACAAGAUAAAAUCAGUUAAGGACUUUGAGAAAUCCAAAACCUGGAAGUGUGAAAGCGGCUUGUUCUCUUUGCCCUAUUGGGACACCAAUUUACUCCGUCACAAUCUAGAUAUCAUGCAUAUUGAGAAGAACGUAUGUGAGAAUAUAUAUGGGACACUUCUAGGCAUAGAUGGCAAGUCUAAGGAUAUUUUGAAAGCACGUCUAGACCUAGAACAAAUGAAGAUUAGGAAAGAGCUGCAUCCACUAAAAAAGCCUAAUAAUAAAUAUUAUUUGCCUGCUGCUUCUUAUAACAUGUCUAAAAAAGGGAAGCAACAAUGUUGCAAAGUUCUGCAUGAUAUAAGAGUUUCAGAUGGGUUCUCGGGAAACAUAUCAAGAUGUGUAAACGUUCCUCAAGGGAAAAUUUCGGGUCUUAAAAGUCAUGACUGUCAUAUUCUAAUCCAACAACUUCUGCCACUUGCUCUACGAUAUCUACUCCCAGAUAAUGUUACUUCUGUGUUGUUUGAUCUAUUCGGAUAUUUUAGAGAAGUGAGUGCAAAAGUUCUUUACAUUGGAGAUCUCGAGAAAUUGGAGGAGAGAAUCAUAAUGACGUUACGUCGUAUGGAAAUGAUAUUCCCGCCAGGAUUUUUUACUGUUAUGGUGCAUUUGGUUAUUCAUCUAGCAACUGAGCCAAAAAUAGGUGGUCCAGUUUGCUACCGUUCGAUGUGGUUUACGGAAAGGUACCUAGGUAAGCUGAAAUCAAAUGUUCGCACUAAAGCUCAUCCCGAAGGAUCUAUAGCUGAAGCAUAUUUGGCAGAUGAGUGCAUGACAUUCUGUUCAAGAUAUAUUGUUGGUUUUGAGACCAAACAUAACUUGACUUCACGGAACGAAGAUAGUGAGGAGUUGGUUGGGCAUUGUGACGUCACACGAAGAUCAACUUUAUUUCCUCAUGCUGGCAACCCACUUGGAAAGCCUGGGAAUUUUGUUUUAAGGGGUCUAGAUAAAGUACAAGCUCACAUAUAUGUAUUGUUCAAUUGUUCUGAUGUGAACUCAUACCUUAGAGCUCAUGCUGAUGAGAUCACGCACAGACGCAAUGUAAACCUAGAUACUAUCGAGAGGACCCAGAACGAGAAGUUCCACGAAUGGUUCCGAGCUCAUAUCAAGAAAUUGGAGGAGGAAAAUGGCAUAAAUAGUAUUAAAAAUGAUAUUAGAUGCUGGCCCGGGGCCCAGUUCAUGCAACAAGAAGAUAUCGUGCUCCCGAGGCAUUCGUUUUAG